GGGCUAGUGGGCUGGAAGUCUUUCAAAUCUACAUCUUAUCGUGCGUACGCUUUGUACGCAUCACAGUUCUGUGGUAUGCAUAUGGCAUGCAUACAUUGAAUGGCGGAAAUUCAGUAAGGUCAGUAUGGGAGCAUGUAGCCUAGUUAUGGGAUGAAGUCCGGACUGUUUCAUCGGAAUGUUUGAGAAGAUUGUCGGACGAAAUACAACGAACGGGAAUGGCGACCGAAACAUUGGUUGUGUUAAAGAUUUCGGCUGCGGGAUUUUAUGGGCUGAGCUCUUUUUUCAUCGUUGUCGUGAACAAAAACAUUCUCUCAAAUUACAGGUUCCCCUCGCCAAUAUGUGUCGGGAUCGGCCAAAUGCUGGCAACAGUGGUUGUGCUGGGACUGGGAAAGGUAUUCCACAUAAUUACCUUUCCAGAUCUGGAUGAAACCGUACUGAGCAAGACAUUUCCUCUACCGCUUCUUUAUGUAGGGAAUCAAAUAACAGGACUGUUGGGAACGAAAAGGCUGAAUUUACCCAUGUUUACUGUUCUGAGGAGAUUUACCAUUCUCUUUACAAUGAUUGCUGAAGGUCUCCUAUUGAAGAAGGAUUUCUCUCUUCCUGUAAAAUUAGCAGUAUUUUCAAUGGUUCUUGGAGCUUUUGUGGCUGCUAGUGCUGAUUUGUCCUUUGACUUGCAAGGGUACAUGUCCAUUCUAUUGAAUGACGUCUUGACAGCGGCCAAUGUCGUCUAUGUGAAGAAGAAACUUGACACUAAAGAGUUGGGAAGGUAUGGGCUUGUCUAUUACAACGCAUUAUUUAUGGUCUUUCCAACCCUGCUGCUGGCUCAUUUCACUGGAGAUAUUCAAAUGAUGCUGGAGUUUGAAGGGUGGUUUGAUGUGGUCUUUGCUGGCCAGUUUAUUCUCUCUUGCUUUAUGGGGUUUAUUCUGAUGUACUCUGCCGUGCUUUGCGCGCAGUACAACUCAGCUCUGACAACAACCAUCGUGGGCUGUAUAAAGGUAAGCUCUACAGUAAAUGUGUGCUUCUGGGAUAUCAGCGAUGUUGUGCUUUUGUUAAUGCUGCCUUAUUUCCUUAUCCCCUCCAUAGAAUAUCUUGGUUGCAUACAUUGGGAUGAUAUUUGCUGGCGACUACAUUUUUACCUGGACAAACUUCAUUGGUUUAAACAUCAGUAUCGCUGGCGGUCUGGUGUACUCAUACAUCACCUUCACAGAAGAUCAAUCAUAGUAAACAAGUGAAAAUGCCAAUAAGCGGAAUUAAAAGAAGCGUCCGUAUGACAGGCACUCCAGGCCUGUGCUGUAUUUUGGUACAGCACAGCUAUUUUUAGUAUCUGCAUGCAGACAAACCAAAAUACCUUCCUGAAGCUGUUGGACGGAGCUUGAGCUACAGUAAUUGACAAAAACUCAAUAGAAUACUUGUACAGUGUGGGAGACAGCUGUGGAAAAUAUGGUGCCUGUGACAGUAUUGCAUUGCCUUGCACAGUUACUGUCUUUCUGUCAGUGCUAAGGAAUGUUUUAGUCAUUCCUCUUUUGCUUACUCUUUAGAGACUGAUUUUGGGGCCAGUCAGCAACAUUUUUUGUUCAGACUUUGUAGCGCGGAAAUAAUAUUUGUAUCUUUCUAAAAUUAUUUCUCCAAUUAUAAUAAAUUGUUUGUGUUUAAAAGGGAAAUACAUGCAAUCUGGAUGGUGUACCUCAUGUAGUUAGUUUUACAUGCUGGAGGAACGUGCUGUAGAUUAUGUUGGUUUAUGUACGUUUCAUUUAAAGAAUAAUAAAGCAGUAAUGCACUUUUAACAGUUUACAAACAGAAGUUUUUUUUUUAAGGUGAACUUGUAGGACCUGUUUGUAAAAGAUUAAUAGCACAGAUGUGUAAUGUAAAAUGGCAUCAAAUGUAAAAUGUGUUCACAAAUGGUUGAAAAGUACUUUCAAAGGUGCACACCAUAGCAUUUUACUACUUAUUAUAUUUUACUGAUUUAUCUGGUGUUGUAUGUACAUAUAUGAAAAGAUUUCCAGAUGGAAUUCUGCAAUUUUCUAUACAAAUAAUCCAUUGAUCAAUGGUUGCAUUGUAUGCAGUCUAGAAAAUAAUGUGACUUGCUUCCACUCUCAUGUAAAAUGUAUGUGUGUAUCGUAACAUUAAAAUACCUCGAUGAUUUGUCAA